UGUUACCAAGGCAACACCCAAACACACUAUCCUCACUAGAAAGAAACAUGUCUCUACCUACCUAGACAGAAACAUGUAACUAGUUCAACUAGGGCGAGUUAACAAACAAUCGUAGUGGCAACUAGAUUUGUCCUUUUAUAUCGAGUUUUACUUUUUUUUUAAAUUUAAGACGUGUAUGAAUAAUUACGUAGCUAUGUCCGAACAGGAAGCUGGAGCCACAAAUCCAGAAAUGGCCGAGUAUGCCCCUGAAGUUCUUAACGAAUCGGUUUCAGAAAACGGAACGCAAACUGAGGAAGUCCAAGAUGCGCAGUUGAUACCAACAAAUAUUUGCCCAACUUUUUUGACCUCAGGCGAGAUUGGUCCCCGUGUCAUGGCUGAGGAAAGUUCUACACAGGCUCAAGAUCAUCAGGAGGUAGCCAGUCAUGUCAGGGUUACAUCUGAUUUGGGAAACUCCACGGCCAGUGUUAAGAUUAUGUUAAUGCCUGAAGGACAUAUGAUGACAAUAGCUUUUACCAUUGGUGUCACUACUCGAGAACUGAAGGAUCACUUUGCCAAUGAGUUGAAAGUUCCAUCAGAAAUCAUACGGCUUUCUCUUGAUGGGAAGACUGUGGGGGAUAAUCAGACUCUCAUUGACCUGGGGGUUCAGCCUCACGGCACUAUUCAACUAGAGAUGACCUCAUCUGACCCCGAGAGGCACCCCAUCCGUCCAGUGAAACCCCAGCAGUACAACAUGUCAGACGUCAUCACUGUCAGAGUCCAGACAGAAGCAGGCACUUAUCAGGAUGCAGUGGUGGAAAUUGAGAGGGCCACCAGGAAGAAGGCUUUCCUGGGAGGUUACCGUCACAAGAUAACCAACACAGAGUUCCACCAUGCUGCAGUACAGACCAUGGCCAAGAGGAAACCUGACAGAGGAGUGGAGACCUUCAGCCGUGACACACAAACAGUGGACACCAAGAACCAGGCUCAGCAGUGCGCCAACAACACGUCCACCCAAAUGACCAAGAUUGGCUGCUACAUGUCCAGCAUGGAGGACAAGCUGAUCAGCUCAGGCCCAUAUGUUACCGCACACAAGCACCACAGCAAGAGACUCAAAGCUGUCAUCACUCUGCAGACGUACUUCAGGCGUUGGCUGGCCAAGCGGCUGACUAGCCUUCUACGGAAGGACAGGGAGUUCCGUCGAAUCUGGUUGGAGCAGGAUGAGGCCCAGAAGAAGCAGGAGAAGGAGGACUACAUCAAAGCUGAGCAUCACAGAAGGAUGCACCCGCAGAACAAGGGGGAUUUUGAUCUCCUCUACAAUGCACUUGAAAAUUGGAGGAAGGAGGAGACGGAGCAGAUUGAGAACAGCGCUCUGAGUGGGCCUGAGCAGAGGGCAGCCCUGUGCGCCCUGCUGGAGAAGGAGACGCAGCUCAUCGCCUCCAUCGGACGCCACCGCAUCGUUGCUGGCGAGAGGAACCAAUCCACGGCUGUGGAGGCCUUCCUGGAUAAGUGUGCAGCUCCCAAAAAAUGGAGGGCAUUUGAUGGCAGGAUCACCGAGAUGGACACCCAGUUCACCCUCCGAGCCAGGGAACUCCGAGAUCUGUACACCAGCAUAAACCUGCGGUACCUCAGCCCGGAGGAGAGAAUGGACGUGCUGCUGACACUCAAACACACAGUUAAGGAACAUGACUGCGUUCUGACCCAGAAUAUAGUGGAGCUGAUAGACAGGGAGACGGAUCUCUUGAUACGGAGUGUGAAGGAAGUCAACCUGGAGGGUCUGAGGAAAAGAAUCGCCACUCUCCUGCUCCAGUACAUCAAAACCCCCUCAUUCAACCCGCAAGUGACCAAGCGACUGAAGAUACCCCAAGACCCAGCCAAACUCAGGAAAAACAUCUACUUCUGCCGUGGCUGCAACAGCUAUCUGCGCUCCACCGACUUUCCCCUCACUGCAAAUGCACGAGUGGUGGGCCAAUGCCGCCGCUGCAGUGAGCUGGACAAUGUGGCCCGGCACAGGGAAGACUUCUCCCACUACAAGAACAUCCUCAGGCGUCUGCGCAAGGCCGAGGCUGAGCGCAACCCGGACGCCAAGAUCCCCUACCUGCUACAGGAGCAUGACUUGCGGUACCUGGUUGAUGUGGUGUGGGGGGCCCAGUCGGCCCUCAGUGCCUGGGACAGCCUCCACGACCUGUCACUGGUGCGCUGGGAGCAGCUCUGGGAGUGGAGCCCCUGGAACUGCAUCCUGCUCACCAAGAACGAAGCUGCCGCUCACCUCAAGGUGGACAGCAUCGAGAAGGCUUAUGGUGUCGUUUUCAUCCGCAACGUGAAGCACAGACACACGAUGGCUCGCAAGUACUUCUCCCAGAUCCCUUUGAUGACUGAGUACUUGCACGAUGUGGAUUCCAAACCUGCUGCUCAUAGCAAACUACUGGUGGCCAGGCCAGUCGCCACGGUGACUAAGUAAAGGAACUCUAGUAGUUCCAUGGCAACACAAGAACUUUGUGUCCCUGCCUUAAAGAAGCAUUUCUACUUUCUUGCCCUUGAAGACACUUCAAAGGACAUUGAAGUGUGCUCAUUUUUCCUCUCACUGAUCUGUUCAUAUAAGUCUAAAGCAACAGGAUCCUUUAUCUCAAAAUUAAACAUACCUCUCUGUCUGCUGAUUUUGUCUGCUCCGUUUACUGCUAGUUUUUUAUAAUGUCUGCCUAAUAGCAUCAGUGUGGGUCAGUGUUGUUUCAGUGAAAAUGGACCUAGUCGAACCUUGGACAAAUAUAUUUUGAAACAUGUAUAUAACCACAUACUCAGGAAGAUAUUCACCAUGACAUCGUUAAAAGGCUUCAGCUUGGGCUUCACUGUAGUGGAAGGGGUAACACAGCCGUUUAGUGUAGUCCAACGAUCUUUAGUGGAUUGGGAUGGAUAACUCCAGCUACAUACACCAGAAUGAGACAUUUCAGAUUGACUAUUUAAAGGAAAGGUCAGGAGUCCUUUAAUGUGGU